AUGCACUUCUUAUUAUCAACUUUGAAGUUUGCCUAUGUUUUGGAUACUCCAAGGCCUGAAGAGAAUGAAAACGAAUCUGUUGUUGCAACCCAAGAAAGGCAAAAAGGGGACAAUGCUGAUUACAUGUGCAUGGGCUACAUAUUGAAUGGUUUAUCCGAUGGUUUGUUCGACACCUACCAAAACGAGGUCACUGAUAAAGAAUUAUGGGACAAAUUGAAGACAAGAUACAUGACCGAAGAUGUUACAAGUGAGAAAUUUCUUGAAAAUGUGUGUAAAAUAUCUGGAAAUAAUAAUAUGGAUGAGUUUUAUGCUAUUGGGGGAAACAUACAGGAGGACGUGGAAUCCGAAAUGAGGAGGCUAAAGCUGGAGCUAAAGCAAACUAUGGAAAUGUAUAGUACUGGCAAAGAAGCACUCACAGCAAAACAGACGGCAAGAGAACUCCAGCUGUGGAAAUUGGAAGAGGAACGGAGAUUGGAAGAGGCACGACUUGCUGAGGAAGCUGCAUUAGCAAUAGCAGAAAAGGAGAAAGCUAAGUCAAAAGCAGCAAUGGAAGCCGCUGAAGCGGCUCAGAGAAUUGUUGAAAUUGAAUCACAAAAAAGGGUGAACGCAGAAAUGAAAGCGUUCAAGGAAUCAGUGGAAAAGAAAAAGGCACUUGAUGCAUUAGCACAUUCAGAUUACAGGUACAGGAAGUACACAAUAGAGGAAAUUGAAGCUGCCACUGAAUUCUUCUCAGAAGUUCUCAAGAUUGGGGAAGGGGGUUAUGGCCCUGUGUAUAAAGCCCGUCUAGAUCAUACUCCCGUUGCAAUUAAGGUUUUGCGACCAGAUGCAGCACAAGGAAGGUCACAGUUUCAGCAAGAGGUAGAAGUUUUAAGCUGCAUACGGCAUCCAAACAUGGUUCUCCUGUUGGGAGCCUGCCCAGAGUAUGGAUGCCUAGUGUAUGAGUUAAUGUCUAACGGGAGCUUAGAGGACCGUCUCUUCAGGAGAGGGAACACUCCGACUCUCUCUUGGCAGCUUAGGUUCAGAAUUGCAGCCGAAAUUGGAACAGCCUUGCUGUUCCUCCACCAGACUAAACCCGAACCCAUAGUCCACCGUGACUUGAAAUCAGCCAAUAUCUUACUUGACCGCAACUUUGUGAGCAAGAUUAGUGAUGUUGGAUUGGCCAGACUAGUUCCUCCAUCUGUGGCUGACAAUGUAACCCAGUAUCGGAUGACCUCCACAGCAGGAACUUUCUGCUACAUAGAUCCAGAAUACCAGCAGACAGGCAUGCUGGGAGUGAAGUCGGAUGUAUACUCCCUUGGCAUCAUGCUUCUACAAAUAAUAACAGCAAAACCACCAAUGGGAUUGACUCAGCAUGUGCAACGGGCUAUUGAGAAGGGGACCUUCGCUCAAAUGCUGGACCCAUCUAUUGAUGAUUGGCCGGUUCAAGAGGCCUUGAGCUUCGCAAAGAUUGCACUUAACUGUGCAGAGCUAAGGAGGAAAGAUAGACCCGAUCUGGGCAAAGUUGUCCUGCCAGAACUGAACAGGCUGCGAUUACUUGCUGAAGAAACCAUGCACCUCACUUGGGAAGCUGGAAGUCCAGGACACUCCCCCAACUAUAGCCAAGUUUCGCUGCAACUAGAGCACUCCAGUUGUCCUAAUUUUCUACACUCCGAUGAAUACUCAAGAAGUCCUCCCAACGAGAAUCCAUAGGUCCUUCCAUGGCAAAUUGAUGACAUCAUAAUUAAUUAAUAUGUACAUAUGCGUUUAUCAAUCAAAUUUUGUUGUGUUAUUAUUUUAUAUUUUUAAUUAAAAAUUUAAAUGAAAAUUUAUAUUUCUAGAA